AAAGAAAUCAGGAAAGGAAGGGCCAUAAGGAAGCAAGCCUGCCCUUGUUGGAGACUCAAUCUAUUCGGCGGUAAGAGGAAAAGCCAAGUCAGCUCUUCUGAUGUCUGAGGUGGAGUCUCCAUUGGCCUGGAGAGCCCAGUUGAGGUGGUUCAGUUCAUCUUGAAGGAGGCGUGGAACACGUGACUAAGGCCAAGCCAGAAAGGAGCAACUCGAGGGCGCAUGCGCAGUCUGAACCCCACUAGAACCCUCCGCCGGGCCGAAGCACGCUUUGGGAAGGAGGCAGCGCGCAUGCGCAGAAGGAGGAAAAGAAAAAAAAGGAAAGGGCCAUAAUUUAUCCCGCGGAAGGAAGCCUGCCCUUGUUGGGAGACUCAAGCUAUUCCGCGGUGCAGUAGUUACUCCACAAGGCUUCAUUUGAGCCUUUCACUGCCACUAAGGAAGAAAUGGAUCACCUCUCCCCGUUCAGCAACGACCCCUUUGACAAGCCGCCCUGCCGAGGCUGCUCCUCGUACCUUGUUGAACCGUAUGUCAAAUGUGCCGAAUGUGGGCCGCCUCCCUUCUUUCUAUGUUUGCAGUGCUUCACAAGAGGAUUUGAGUACAAGAAGCACCAGAGCAACCACACCUAUGAGAUAAUGACCUCCAACUUCCCAGUCCUGGAUCCUACCUGGACGGCUCAAGAGGAAAUGGCCCUUCUGGAAGCUGUCAUGGAUUGUGGCUUUGGAAACUGGCAAGAUGUAGCCAACCAGAUGAGCACCAAGACCAAAGAGGACUGUGAGAGGCACUACAUGAAACACUUCAUCAACAACCCCCUCUUUGCCUCCUCGUUACUGAACCUGAAAGAGGCCGAGGAGAAUCCCCAGGCCGAGGCGGCCAUCCCGUUUCUCUCUUCUGAAGACCCCCCGCGGCCCACCUUUGAUUCCUUGCUCUCUAGAGAUAUGGCCGGAUACAUGCCAGCAAGGGCAGACUUCAUUGAGGAAUUUGACAAUUACGCCGAAUGGGAUUUAAGGGAUAUAGAUUUUGUGGAGGACGACUCAGACCUUUUGCAUGCUUUGAAGAUUGCAGUGGUGGAUAUAUACCACUCGAGGUUAAAGGAAAGGCAGCGAAGGAAAAAAAUCAUCAGAGACCACGGGCUCAUCAACCUCCGAAAAUUCCAGAUUCUAGAAAGAAGAUACCCAAAGGAGGUUCAAGAUCUGUAUGAGACAAUGAGGCGCUUUGCAAGGAUCCUGGGACCGACGGAGCACGACAAAUUCAUAGAAAGCCACGCAUUGGAGUUUGAGCUGCGAAAGGAAAUCAAGAGGCUCCAGGAAUACAGGACAGCCGGAAUCACCGAUUUCUGCAGUGCGAGGACGUACGACCGCCUCAAGAAAACGCGGGAGGAGGAGCGCCUGAAGCGCACCAUGCUUUCCGAGGUCCUCCAGUACAUCCAGGACAGCAACGCCUGCCAGCAGUGGCUCAGCCGACAAGCUGACCUCGAUUCCGGGUUGAGUCCUUCCAUGCCAGUUUCAUCCAAUUCAGGCAGAAGAAGCGCCCCGCCAUUGAACCUCACUGGCCUCCCUGGGACAGAAAAACUGAACGAGAAAGAGAAAGAGCUCUGCCAGGUCGUUCGGCUGGUCCCCGGAGCGUACUUAGAGUACAAGGCGGCCUUAGUCAACGAGUGCCACAAACAGGGAGGCCUCCGGCUGGCCCAGGCACGAGCCCUGAUCAAGAUCGACGUGAACAAAACCAGGAAGAUCUACGACUUCCUCAUCCGGGAAGGAUGCAUCACCAAGGCGUAACGGACGCACCUUUGGGACUGCUUCGACAGCAAGGACCUUGAAUCUCUUUUGGAGUCGUGAUUUUGGACAAUUGCAAAGGAGGAUUGUCUUUGUACUGUUUCUUUCUCCCCUGUAACAUUGGUAUGAUGCUGCUGCUAUGAAUGCGUAUAACGUGGGAUUAAAAAUCUGAAUGG